CUUUCCUUGCGCACUAUCAAGUAUAAAUCUGCCAUGCCCGAAUCACUCCUCUACACAUCAAACUACUCAUCAACCUCACCCCAGAAAAAACUGUUUACCGCAUACCAAACCUUUAAGGUUAGUCAACUGCUACGAGUAUUUCCCAUUUUACUAAUUACAUCUCCAUAAUAUUCAGCAUGGACGUGACAAAUGCCAUGAUGGACUCGGUGUCAACAAGCAUGACCUCAGCAUGCCGAGCGUUCGGUUGCAACGAAACCGGUAUCGAAAAGGGCAAGAAAUGCCCAAAGUGUGGCUGGGAGUAAUUGAUUGGGAAGGCGCUUACACUGUACCUUGGGAAUUGAGUGAUGCUCCUUUGUUUCUGAAAACGGUACCUCGCCUCCUCAACUUACCAGAACAAUAUGAUAAGGCAGGUUGGCCACUGGAUAAAGAUGAAAUAGGGAGAUGGGAAGAUGAAAGAACUUAUUCGACAAUGGUGCAAGAAGCCGAACAAAAUGUUCGCACAGACAACAAACUGUCUCGAAUGCUUAUCAAUAGGGAUAUUCAGGACUUAGCUGGUAUUAUCUAUCUGUUCAUGCAAGGCAAAAUGGGCUUCUACGGCAAGGCUUUAGACUAUUUUGAGAGUAGGACAUGAUUUAUUAUAGGUGUACCUAGGUAAUUAGGUAAUCAUAAUUAUUAGGUGGCUUGGUUACUUAUGAAUAAUAAAUUUAUUAAAUUAAGCUCAAUGCGAA